AUCCUGGAGGGGGCGGAGCAGGGCCCGGGAGCCGAGCAGCCUGGCAACGGCGGAGGCGCCUGGAGCCCGAGAGUUUCCAGCAUGGCCUCUGCAUCAACUAAGUAUAAUUCACACUCGUUGGAGAAUGAAUCUAUUAAGAGGACAUCUCAAGAUGGGCUCAAUCAGGAUCUCAAUGAGACUGUUCCUCGACUCCCAGGAGAAACACUGAUUACUGACAAAGAAGUUAUUUACAUAUGUCCUUUCAAUGGCCCCAUUAAGGGAAGAGUUUACAUCACAAAUUAUCGUCUUUAUUUAAGAAGUUUGGAAACGGAUUCUGCUCUAAUACUUGAUGUCCCUCUGGGUGUGAUCUCAAGAAUUGAAAAAAUGGGAGGCGCGACAAGUAGAGGAGAAAAUUCCUAUGGUCUAGAUAUUACUUGUAAAGAUAUGAGAAACCUGAGGUUCGCACUGAAGCAGGAAGGCCACAGUAGGAGAGACAUGUUCGAGACCCUCACGCGAUACGCCUUCCCUCUGGCCCACAGUCUGCCAUUAUUUGCAUUUUUAAAUGAAGAGAAGUUUAAUGUGGAUGGGUGGACUGUUUAUAAUCCAGUCGAAGAGUACCAGCGGCAGGGCCUGCCCAACCACAACUGGAGGAUAACGUUCAUCAACAAGUGCUACGAGCUCUGCGAGACAUACCCGGCCCUGCUCAUGGUUCCCUAUCGCACCUCGGAUGAAGACCUCAGGAGGGUCGCCGCCUUCCGAUCCCGAAACCGAAUCCCGGUGCUGUCAUGGAUUCAUCCUGAAAACAAAACAGCCAUUGUGCGGUGCAGUCAGCCUCUUGUUGGUAUGAGUGGAAAACGAAACAAAGAUGAUGAGAAAUAUCUCGAUGCCAUCAGGGAGACUAAUAAACAGAAUUCUAAACUCACCAUCUACGAUGCAAGACCCAGUGUAAAUGCAGUGGCCAACAAGGCAACAGGAGGAGGAUAUGAAAGUGAUGACGCGUAUCACAAUGCCGAACUGUCCUUCUUAGACAUUCAUAAUAUUCAUGUUAUGCGGGAAUCCUUAAAAAAAGUGAGAGACAUUGUUUAUCCUAAUGUAGAAGAAUCUCACUGGUUGUCCAGUUUGGAGUCUACUCAUUGGUUAGAACAUAUCAAGUUGGUGCUGACUGGAGCCAUUCAAGUCGCAGACAAAGUUUCUUCUGGGAAGAGCUCGGUGCUGGUGCACUGCAGUGAUGGCUGGGACAGGACCGCUCAGCUGACGUCCCUGGCCAUGCUGAUGUUAGACAGCUUCUAUAGGAGCAUCGAAGGGUUUGAAGUCCUGGUCCAGAAAGAAUGGAUAAGCUUUGGACAUAAAUUUGCAUCUAGAAUAGGUCACGGUGAUAAAAACCACGCUGAUGCUGAUCGAUCUCCUAUUUUUCUUCAGUUUAUUGAUUGUGUAUGGCAGAUGUCAAAACAGUUCCCUACAGCCUUUGAAUUCAAUGAACGCUUUUUGAUUACAAUUUUGGAUCAUCUGUAUAGUUGCCGAUUUGGUACUUUCUUAUUCAACUGUGAAUCUGCUCGGGAAAGACAGAAAGUCCCAGAAAGAACAGUUUCUUUAUGGUCAAUGAUCAACAGCAAUAAAGAGAAAUUCAAAAACCCCUUCUAUACGAAAGAAAUCGAUCGAGUUUUAUAUCCAGUUGCCAGUAUGCGUCACUUGGAACUCUGGGUGAAUUACUAUAUUAGAUGGAACCCCAGAAUCAAGCAACAACAGCCAAACCCCGUGGAGCAGCGCUACAUGGAGCUUCUGGCCUUGCGUGACGACUAUAUCAAGCGGCUGGAGGAGCUGCAGCUCGCCAACUCCGCCAAGCUGUCCGACCCCCCGACCUCCCCAUCGCAAAUGAUGCCCCACGUGCAAACCCACUUCUGAGGGGGAACCCUGGCACUUGUUUGAGCUCAGAAUAAAGGAAGCAGUUGUGGGCAUCUGUACAAAGUAGAUUAAACUAUUUGCCUCCAUGUAGAACUUGAACUAACCUUAUCUUAAAUCUUGAAGACGUGCCUUCUAGAAUACCCAUUACAAGAAAACUGCAGUGUCCCCGCGGCAAUCAGAAGAAAGGAGCCAAGAGGAGGUUCUGGAAAAUCCUAACACCUUUAGAAAGCAGUUUUUGAAAGAUAAAAUUUAAUUUAUCUCUGUAGAAAUGCUACAUAUAUAUAUGUGUUUUGUGAGCUUAAUUGCAACUGUAUUAUUUUAAAUCAGAGGGGGAAAAUGUUUGUCAAGGGGAUUUUCCUUAUGAUGCUUAUAAUACAGCAGUUGCUUCGGAUUCUCGGAGAUGAAUCCAAAUGUGAAAGGUGGGUGUGACCAUCAAAACCAAACUAAUCUCAGCUCACUCAGCAUUCUCCAGAAGCAAAGUGUUAAACAAUUGCCAACUUUCACACCAUCCUAAGUGGUGACUUGAGAAAUACUGUCUCUGUUAGGUGAGUUGUUCAUUAUUUUGAAUUUUUGGAGUUUUCCCCUAAUUUUCAAAAGAAGCAUAUUUUUAUAUUAAACCGAUGGGACCCAGUUAAAUAUGAUUUGAUAUUUCUUCACGUUGCCAGCUCUACUUUCUAGACUCUCUCAUGAGCUUGCCCAAAACUCUGAAUUAUUUUCAGGUUGGGGCAAACCCCAUAUAUAACACUGUUUGAUGUACAGCACUGUGUAAAUGUUGGGUUUCUCCUGCUGCUUUGGUGAAUGUUUGCGCAAAUACGGCUCUAGUCAGUGCAGCCCAUCUGCCGGAAUGUAGGGUUAACCAUCUCGGGUGCAUGAGCUACUGCUAGAGCAUCAUUCUUUGACAUAAAUGCCCCAGAUGUACAUUUGUGGACUGUAUUCUUGGAAGUAUUUUGUUUAUGUAUUUCAGUUUAAAUGGUGUUGGGUUUCCCUCCCCCAAAGCGUGCAUAAAAACUGGUUCUACAAAUUUUUACUUGAAAUACCGGGCAGUUUGCUUUUUCAGGUUGUUUUAUUUUGUUUGUUUUGUAGUAUUAAAUGAAAUUUAAAGUGCACAGUUGUAUUUGAUAUUUGAGCUAAUUCAUUUAGUAAGUAUAUUUGUAAAUGCUAAAGCUAGAGUUAAAACAAUUAAUGUGUUUUACAAUGAUUUGUAAAGGACUAUUUAUAGCUAAUAUGGUUUUGUUUUCAAUGAAUUAAGAGAUUAAAUAUAUCUUUGUAAAUUAUUUUAUGUCAUAGCUUAAUUGCUGUACCAAAUAAGACAUCUCAAAUAUAGUAGUAUAAUGUAUGAAUUUUGUAAUUAUAAGAAAUUUUACUAGACAUUCUCUUGCUUUUUGUAAACGCUGUAAAUAUUUCGUAAAUUAACAAAGUGUCACUUCAUAAAAAGAAAAAUGCUAAUACUAAUUGCUUAAAGAAUUUUGUGAAAUUUCCUGAGAAUUUUUCAUUGCAAUAACGACUAGAGACCUGCUGUAAUAAAUAUAUUAACUAAAACCUA